AUUCCACCCGAGUCCACUCAGUUCAAUUCAAGCACUCGAACCGUCAGCAACGUUGAGAAACCAAUCAAGUGCGCGCCCAGCAACAACGGUCAGUUCAGUGUGAAAAACACAACUUUGACAAAUACAUCACGUAAUCGCCAUCCUCGGAAUCGAAAGUCAGUGUAAAAAAGUUUGAAAUUCGCUCCUAAAUUUCGCCACACCAACUCUGUUCCGUUCGGUAAGCAGCAUUAAGAAGAUGCCUUGCCCAUUCCUAACUCGUCUGAGCACCAGCUACGUGCGCAACUACGCCCCGGCCCUGCUGAAGGCGUACGGUUCCCAAUGCCCGGUGGUUGCCCGUACCAUUUCGAGCCUGCAGAACCCGCCGGCCGUUGCCGAUGCUGGUGGCAAAAUGGUGGCCACCAAAAAGGAAUCCGUUGCGACUCCCAAGCAACAACUGGAGAUGAAAACCCCGAGCCGUAGCCUGAGCUCGCUGCAGCAACCGAAGGCCAAGGAGGAGGCAAAGAAGUGUCCCUUCUUGACCUCGGCUGCUCCGCAUGUUAAGGAACUCGGUGCGGAGAGCGUGGAUGUUCCCGCCAAUCGUCCGUUCCAGUAUGAGGAAUUCUUCCAUGAGCAAAUCAUGCGCAAGAAGAAGGACCACUCGUACCGUGUGUUCAAGAAGGUGAACCGCUUGGCCGAAGCCGGCCAGUUCCCGCGUGCAAUGGAGUAUUCCUGGGGUGAGCGCCCGAUUACGGUGUGGUGCUCGAACGACUACCUGGGAAUGUCCUGCCAUCCAGAGGUCAAGAAUGCGGUGGCCAAUGCGCUGGAGACCUACGGAGCCGGUGCCGGUGGAACCAGGAACAUUUCCGGAAAUUCGCUAAAUCACGAAAAUCUCGAGAACCGCCUGGCACAGCUUCAUCAAAAGGAGGGAGCUCUGCUGUUCACUUCGUGCUACGUUGCCAAUGAUUCUACGUUGUUUACGCUGGCCAAGGCCCUGCCCGGUUGUCAUAUCUUCUCAGAUGCUGGAAACCAUGCUUCGAUGAUUCAAGGAAUUAGGAACAGCGGUGUGCCGAAGCACAUCUUCCGUCACAAUGACCCUGCCCACCUGCGGGAACUGCUGUCGAAGGUCGACAGAUCGUUGCCCAAAAUUGUUGCAUUUGAAACUGUCCAUUCGAUGACGGGAGCCAUUUGUCCAUUGGAGGAACUUUGCGAUGUCGCUCACGAGUUUGGUGCUCUGACCUUCGUGGACGAAGUGCAUGCCGUGGGUCUAUAUGGCGAUCACGGCGCAGGAGUGGGCGAACGGGAAGGGUUACUCCAUAAGAUGGACAUCAUCUCCGGAACACUGGGCAAGGCAUUUGGUAACGUAGGAGGCUACAUUGCCAGUACUUCUCUCCUGGUAGACAUGGUGCGUUCGUAUGCUGCCGGAUUCAUCUUUACCACUUCGCUGCCCCCGACGGUACUGUGCGGUGCACUGAAAGCGAUCGACAUCCUGGCUUCGGACGAAGGGCGUGAACUGCGUGCUCGUCACCAGGAAAACGUUCGCUACCUUCGCGGUUUGCUGCGAAAAGAGGGCUUCCCGGUGGAACAUACCCCAAGUCAUAUCAUUCCAGUAAAGAUUGGCAAUCCAGCCCAAUGCACCGAGGUAUCGGAUUUGAUGAUCAAACGUUUUGGACACUAUGUGCAAGCCAUUAACUACCCAACGGUAGCACGUGGCGAGGAGAAACUCCGUCUGGCUCCGACACCACACCACACCAAGGAAAUGAUGGAUGUCAUGAUUCGUGACAUGAAGCUGGUCUGGCAAGAUCUCGGAAUGCCUCUGAAUGGCUCAACGUGCACUGCGGAAUGUACAUUCUGCCGCAAACCGUUGCUGUUCGAUCGCUUCGAGUCUCGCACCAAGGCGAGCUGUGCUGCUGAACUCAAUUGUCAGAUUCCAAACUGCCCGCAGAUUGCUGCUAUUGCAAACUAAGCCCUCAAAACCAUGCAACGCGCAAUAAUGCUACACAAGGAGGAGACGCGAAACCGCGCGCUACUCCUCCUUCCGGGUGCUGGGUCUCUAUCAGCUUCUUUUACGCUACUAAAUAUUCCAUGACGGAAACAAAUUGGUGAAUGGUGUACAACGUUCAAUGUUCAACAGUGCAGCAGCAUAUCGCAGCCACAUCCAAAAUGUCCCUGUAGAGUUAGAAAGUCAGAAUCGAAAGACACAAAAUCUCCUAACUUAGAGUUUGAUCAAAAACAAAUUUGCCCUACUCAAGUUUAAUUUAUUUUCAAAUGAGGUGGAUGCAAUUAUUGCCUUAAUUCUGGAUUCAUUGUGAUAUCGUGAUGAUCGCGCACUUUUCGUAUGCAUAUUUGUUAUCUGUUGUUAGUUCGAAUUAGAAAAGAAAUCGUUAAGUUUACCUGAAAUAAAUUAUCUGAAACCGAAAUUCCUUGCGUUCAUGACGCUGUUUUUUUAAUAAAUGUGUGCAUUAUCAA